UUCAUUUAAAACUUUUUAGGCAACAUUUUAACACCUAUUUCACAAUAUUGGUAUUACACAACAUAAUGAUCAUAGAUGGAUUAUGUUUGAAAUGUUUGUAAAGUGUAACACCCCAUUAAUGUUCUAAACAAACAUUACCGUCGAGGUUUGUCCUUCGUCAUAGCUAUCGUGCAACACUUUGAUGUGAAAUUAUAUUUGAAUCCAUGGGGGACUCUGUUGGACGAGCACUGUAAACACAUGGGUUCAGAACAGAACUGGCCAACCUCUUUAAAAAAAAAAGACAACCGAGAUGCAGUUCUCUGUCAAGAGUCCUAGGCUUCUAGCAUAACGUGAAGCCAAGACAAACCUGUGGGGAGGUCCCCAACAGUGUGGGGUCAGCAGCAGCUGACACAAGGCCCAUAAUUAUCUGGGGUCAAACGUUAACUGAAACCUCGUUACAGGCAGGCCCCCACCUGGUCUGCACUUCCUGUAUUUGUUCACCAUUCGCCCCAUGUGACGGCUGUGUUCAACGCAUGAACUCUAGAGUUGUGAAACAACUGGAACUUUGGAGCAGCAAGCCCCCCUUCACUGUUCCUCACCCUACGUUUUCCUUUUUCUCUCUCUCCCCUACAACUCACCCAACUCUGAGCUCCUCCUCUGCUGAAAAUACACAUUUCCUGAUGUCAUUACUAAAUCAAAACCGUUGCUCAGCAAACAGAUGUGUUCAGGGCCCCAAUCACAUUGUGUAGCAUAGAUUGUCCUGAGAAGACAUCUUCUAAAUAUUUUUCACUUUAAAGGUUUUUUAUUUCAUCCCAGUAAUCGGCAAAGACUUGUUAUUUUGAAAAACUGCAUCUCUGAUAAUGAGCUUGAGAUAUAAAUCAUUGUUUUAGUGAUGAUGAAGAGGUGGUCUAAUGCGUUGUCUUUGAAAAGCAGUAUGAAACUGAGACAGUAGUCUGCUGAGGUAACAGUCAUGCAGCUCCACAUGGCUCAAGGUACAACAUAAAGAUCCAGGAGGAGUCCACCCAUAUUCCCAGGCUUAUCCUAUUGUGUGAACGCUGAAAGUCCCAGUGAGUUGGAGAUUUGCAUUACUUGCCUGUGGCUGUGGGGUAGAUAUAGAGAGUAGGUCUUUGCAAACAGCUGGCUGACUCUAAUAACAUCUUCCAGAUAUGAUCAAAUUAACCCAGAUAUGAAUCCACAGCCGUCUGCACAGCACACCCGUGCGUAAACGCCCUAGUCCUAAAUGUUUACUUAUGUUUCCGAUUUGGCAGAGGCAGCCCUCAAGGAAAAUAAAUCACAAGCUGCAUGUCGGCCAGGCCUUUGCCUGUGAGAAAUGGAGACUUAAAAGCAGAACUAGAGUUAAAGAGUAAAGGGUUUUCAGAUGUGAGUCCAGCCCAACUUGGGUGUGCUCCCUUUUUUUUUUGAGAGAGAGAGAGAGAGUGAGAGGACAAUCUUUUGAGCCUCCACCCCUUUAAAAGGCAAGACAAUCCUAAAGAAAUGCACUGGAGAGGGGAAGAGAUUGCUGCCAAGGCGCAGGGCAGACAGACAGAUCCUCGAGGAACAUCUGGUAACCUAACCACGGGUAACACCGAUCUGACAUCUGGUAACCGGGGGUAAUGCCGUGUCUAGCUGCUUCCACCCUUGUCUAGUUUCCUGUUAUGCCUUGCAGGGCUUGGUGUAAGAAGUUCAGGCUCAGUCUAGAUGGUCGUCAGUCAGUGGGGGAAACUCUCCUAUGUUCACUUUCUCUGACAUGAAGGGAGCGCUUGGCUUCUUUGGGGUUCUCCUCUCCGUUCUCUCUGGUGUUAGCCACGAAGAGAGAUUUACCAGUGGAUUAGGUUGUGGGAAUAAUUCUGUUGACUGUGAUAACUACUGUGACGUUUGUGAGUAUUUUCCCACAAGGACGGAGUGCUACGCGGCUUUCUUUGCGAUAAAGUGCUACAGUCCUUUUGUAGAUGAUAUGGAGUCAUUAAACAACACAGAUUGGUGCAACUGGAACAAUGUGAAGCGGAUGUAUAACACCUUCACCCUGUGCACGGAGGAGAUAGCAGAGUGUCUGCUGAUCCCCUGGCCCAACAGAAUGGUGGAGAAUGAGUUUGUGGACAUCCACUCCAGGUUCUUCCUGGACUGUCCCAAUGAGGCGCUGAGCGACCCCCCACCCAGCAUCGUAUUUGCCCUGGUGAUGACCCCCAUCUGCCUCAUCCCCAUCAUGGUGGUCCUGGUGGUGCUCAAGACCAAGAACGGAGAUGGCAGCUCCUGAUAGGAUGUCCUGGAUCAGUCCUCAUCCACCCUGCCUCACCUCCAUGUUCAGACUCACUCUCUCUAUCCCCUGUGGAUUCAAGACUGGGGCCAUUGACUCAACUACCUUACAGAGAACUGCUUAUCAUCUUACACCCACUGAUGAUUGGCUUAGCUCUUAGGAGUCCUAUCAAAACAAUCUCACAGCACAAACACCUUACACAUGACCUUUUUGGAUGCACUGAUACAGAAUGAGUAGUACCACAUGGGUAUUAUCCAAGGAUUGACAUUAUACACUUUAGUACUUACAGGGGUUUGAGAAAGGGUCUGUGUUGUGUAACGUGUCAGGUCAAUAUCCUCAGGGUUGCUUCUUGAAAACUAAUCUUCUUCUCAUUCGUCGAUGCUCCUCUAACUAAAAGUGGUGACAGCCAUGUAAAUGUUUCAACUCCCUACAAAGUAUUUAAGAUAGUAGGGUUUAUGGACUUCUCACUCAGACAGUUACAUGUUUUUAAAUAAUUGUUUUAUUUUUAUAUAUGCAAUUAAAGAAUGGCAAAAGUUGGGAUAUUCUUCAGCACUUAAAGCUUGCUUAAAGCUGUAAAGCUUGCUAAGAUGACGUCAAAGCGAUUUUGUUAGUGGAAUUCCUACCCUCUGGCUGGGAAAACGUGAGUCUCGCAUUGCUGGACAUUCCGAUUGAGUUGAUAACCAAAGACAAAGGCAUUCUGUUUGAGGAAUUCCCACUCUCCAUUUACUGUACACUCAGAAAAAAAGGUGCUAUCUAGAACCUGAAAGGGUUAUUCGGCUGUCGUCAUAGGAGAAUCCUUUGAAUAACCCUUUUUUAAUUCCAAGUAGAACCCUUUUGGGUUCAAAGUAGAACUCUUUCCACGGAGGGCUCUACAUGGAACCCAAAAGGGUUGUGCCUAGAACCAAAAAGGGUUCUCCUAUGGGGACAGCCGAAGAACCCUUUUGGAACCCUUUUUUCUAAGAGUGUAGUUAUCCCUAUAGGAUCUCCAUCAUGUCUAUUUCUGUAUGUAACUACAGAACAAAACGUGAUGUACCCUCUCACUUGGCAGCUUUCCUGUCCUUGAAUGUGUUUUGUGUAUAUUGGAAUUGUAUGAGGCUUCUGGAGAGCCCUCCUUGGCCUACCUCCGAGUGUAGGGUUUAGAAUGUAUGGGGUGUGGGGUGGGCGUAGGAAGGCCAUGAUGAACGGGUUUGGCCAAGCAUCAGUCUGCGAGGAAGGUUGGGGUCAGGAACUAGACACAAUGGGUGGGUAGCCUACGCCCAACAUGUACCCUAUGAGAUCUGUUUCUAGGAAUUGUCUAUUUCUUAGCCUCAACCCCUCUCUCUCCCUCUUGACAAUGACGGUCCCCACUGUCGCCCAUGAUGAGCCAGUCAACGCAUGCCUGAAAGAUGAAUCAAGCAUUAAAUCAAAAGACUACAAACAUUUGGUCUCCCACCUGGCUCAGUGUAGCAAUGAGCACUGACACUGAAUGAAGACAGAAGGAAAAACAAAUGUCUAUCUUUCCUCUACUUAAACUGUGUAAGAACUGUUUGUUUUAUUUUGUAUUAUGCUGUCGUGAAUGACACUGAAAGCAUUGUAGUGCAUUCAGUUUCAGAAACAAAGAAAUAUGUAUGCUUAUGUAUUGUAUUUCUGCUCUUACUCUGGUCAUAAGAUUUACUGGACUGUCUGUGAGAGGGGUGUGGGUCUUAGUCAAAGCAUAGCCUCUUUUCUUACACAUUGUACUGUAUAUCAUUAUAUUUUGCAAUUAAAUACUAUGUUAAAGCCAAA